UAGGUCCCAUUAGUAAAUUACUUUUAAUACUUCUAUAGGAAAAAAAAAAAGUCAUUACACGUUAACAAUUUCUAGAUCUUUCCACAACGUUUACUUGCAACUCUCUUAAAAUCUUGAGAGGCCAUUUUCAUACUCAGAAAACCAAUCUUGUUUGCGAUGGCGACAGAACCAGAAGCUGAGGUUGGAACAGAGACAUCCUCUGUUUCCGGAAGGUUUUUAAGGAACAGAGAUUUAUAUCUCUUCUUGCCUUUUCUCUUAGGCUUUUCUGAUCGAGAAACAUCAACUGGCGAUGAUGAUGAUAAUGAUGUUGCUUCGUCGCGUGAGAGAAUCAUUUUAGUCAACCCUUUUACGCAAGGAAUGAUCGUGCUCGAAGGCUCGUCAGGAUUGAAUCCUCUGCUUCGUGACUUACUGGAGUCACGUGAGGAAGGUCGUCCUCCAGCGUCCAAAGCUUCCAUCGAUGCGAUGCCGGUUGUAGAGAUGGACGGCAGUGAAGGAGAGUGUGUGAUCUGUUUGGAGGAGUGGAAGUCCGAGGAGACGGUGAAGGAGAUGCCGUGUAAGCAUAGGUUUCAUGGUGGAUGUGUAGAGAAAUGGUUAGGGAUUCAUGGAUCGUGUCCUGUUUGUAGGUACGAGAUGCCUGUUGAUGGAGAUGAGGUUGGGAAGAAAAGAAACGACGGGGGAGAGAUUUGGGUUAGGUUUAGUUUCAACGAUGGUCGGAGAGUUAGAGAUUCUUCUGGUCCAGACGAUGGAAGCAGUGAUGGUGAUGGUAAUACUAUUGGAUCUAGUGGCACAGUUGAGUCCGAGAAUUAGGGUUACAUAAGCUUUUUUGUAAACACUUGUUGUACUUUUUUUUUUUUUGGGGGAAAAGUUGAUGUCUUGAUGAUCGUUUUUUUUUUCUUUUCCCAUGAAAAUUAGGAGAUAUUUUUGGUUUCUUUUCGUAUAACUUUCUCCGUUGUGUUUGUUUUCUUGAAUUCAUGUAUUAGAAAGUUGAUGGAUUUUCAAGAAAUCUUUUGGUUUUCUGUUGCAA